AUGCUGCUCUCCAACUGCAUGAACCCGGCGACCAGCCAGAGCGGUUCGCUCUGGCGGAACCCAUGUAUUGGAGGCACGCUGGCGGGCAAUUACCGAGUAGGACCGGACUACAAUGUCGAUUACUCACCACAGGAAUCGCAUCCGGGCGACCAGAGCCAGCCUCAGCACCCGUAUGGCGGGCAUCACCACCGGGCCUCGCUCGGACAUGCCGGGCCCGGGGCUCUCCAUGAUCCGCCGGACCAUCACCACCAGCAGCCGACCCAUCACGGCCUGCAGCAGCAUCACCCUGGCGCGCACCAUCAGCACCAGGUGUUGAUGGACCCCUCGCACAUGGCCGGGCUUCCCGGAGCGCGGCACAUGGGCCAUCCGGGGCCUCCGCACUACGCCGCUCCUGGCCCUUCUCCCCACAAUGUUGUUACUCCCUUGUAUCCGUCUUUAGCCCCCUCCCACGGCGCCUCGGCAGGGGUAAAGCGGCCGCGCCCAGACGAGCUCGAUCUAUCUGUUCCCGGCAUGCCAGACCUUCAAGAGAGCGACCUCGAAUCUAUGCAGCAGACACCAAUGGGCGCGGCGUAUGCGCAAGCCGCUACGGCCCCUCCCACCCAUCACCACCAUCGACUUCCAGACACAGGCCCUCCAAACAAGCUAAUGCGACGGGAAGGGGAUGGAGGCAGUGGAGGGGGCGCGCCCAGUGUCGUUGGGCAGGCAGGAAUGCCCCCUCCUGCUCCCCGACCAAGAGGCCCAAAGCUGAAAUUUACACCCGAGGACGAUCAGCUACUCAUCGACCUGAAGGAGAACAAGAGUCUCACGUGGAAGCAAAUCGCCGACUUUUUCCCUGGACGAUCUAGCGGGACGCUUCAAGUACGCUAUUGUACAAAACUCAAGGCCAAGACCACUCAGUGGACCGAUGAGACGGAUCAAAAGCUUCGCACAGCGCUCCAAGACUACGAGAACGAGAAAUGGCGUAUCGUGGCGAACAAGGUGGGCACAGGGUUUACGCCCGCCGCUUGUCGAGAGAGGGCGUCGGAGUUGCUUGGUCAAAACUUAUAG